UCACGCGACAACUAGGUAACAUAGAAAAACAAUAAGAUAUUUUUUUUUAAAAAAUUAUGUUUUUAAAUCUAAUUUGUCACUAUGGAAGUAGGUUGCGUGAUUUUUGGUAUGAAGCACAAAAAAAGGCCAAAACAAAUGUGAGAGAUAGAGGUCUCCAAAGCUGGAACGACAUGGCGGUUUGGAGGGAUUUCAAACCGCUACACAUCUCGAAAUAUAUUUGGCCGCAAUAUAUUGAGCACGUGACGUCUGAGCGGUUCACACGACGCUCAUGGUUUGUUGUUGGUAACCGGAACCGGCAAAUUCAUGGUUCGCUGACAACGCACACUGGCACCUCCGUUCCAUUUACUGCACAUGCGAAACGGAUGGCUACGUCUCUUGGACGUGAGCCGAGCCCAAUGGAGUUGUUUGUAGAGACGCACGUGUGGAGUGAAGACCGCCAAAAGGGGGUGCAACAGUUCGUUGACAACCGCGCUCAACACUUUGUGGAGACCUAUAAUAGCCGAUUGAGGGAGAGAUAUGGGGACGAUCCUUCGACCCAUCCGGAUUUCGAUCCGGAUUUGUGGAUGGAGGUAGGAACGUCUGAUGGACCCGAUAAAAAUCAGGUGUACGAGCUCUCCAACACUAAGGUCGAGAACUUGCGGGCGGCCGGUAGUGUCUCAACCGUUGGGAGCUCCCAAUCAGUAUCGAGCACCCAAUCUAAGGAGUUCGCGGCCUUGCAGCAAUACACGGCUCAUCUCACCGAGAAAUACAAGCAACUAUCGACGAAUUAUGAACAACACAUGGCACAUCUCACCGAGAAAUAUGAGCAACUCUCGAUGAAUUAUUAACAACUUUGCCAACUGGUCAUGAACUGCACAUCACAGAGUGGUGAUACAUGUGCGCCCCUUUUUUGGCCGUAUGGUCUUGGGAACAACUAGCCUCCUCCUCCU